UUAUGGAAUUAAAACCAAAACACCUCCUAGUGACCCUCUUACUAUGUUUUCUGUUCAAAAAGUGUCGCCCUCUGUGCCAAGUCCAAACGGACCCAAACCUCGGCAUCAGAACCAUGUGCACCCUAUCCAAAAUCUCCGAAGGAGAACCACUGGACUUCGAACUAAAGGAACCACCGUACCUGUACCUCACAGUAGACGAAGGCGAAAUCCCUGAGAACACCUUUGAACACGUCAGACCUACCAAGGAACUCUGGUUCAUAGGCGUCAAUAUAACCUACAUCCAACCUGGUGCAUUCAAACACCUAGCCACGUUAAAAAGCCUAGCUGUGAGCAACACAAGCGUCGAAACGUUGUCGAAAAACACGUUUGAAGGUCUUCAAACAUUAAAAACCUUGGCACUGGGCAACAACAAGAUAAAAACAAUAGAAGACGGCGCGUUUUUAGGCCUGACGAACUUGGAUCAGCUCAUCCUGGACGACAACAGGAUCACCAGGUUGGAAGAGAAGACCUUCGACGGGUUAAAAUUCCUGAGAGGUUUAUUUCUCAACAACAAUCCCAUCGAGUACAUUCACGAUUCUGCUCUACAAAACGUAAAGGAGCUCACGCAUCUCACCAUAAGCAUUGUGCAAGGGAAGAAUGUGAGUGAACGGGCCCUGCAAUUGCCUAGGGUUUUCCAGUUGAGGAUAUUCUAUUUGGUGGAAUAAGUUGGCAUGUGUAUUUGUAAUAAUAAAAAAAUACAUACCA